CCAAGGGAUUAUUAAAAACCUGGUUUGUUUCUUGACAUUUUCAUUUGCUCCAAUUAAUUUUUCUUCCCUUUAUUUUGCCUGCAGACUCCCUGGUUGUAUUCUUGCUUGUGCUGCCUUGACCUCUCUUCAUCUAGCUGCUUUAUAUUCCCAGGAAUCUCAUUCCUGACCUUCCUGCAGUGGCAGAGCUACUGUUGCCAGCCUCGCCAGGGAACUUCUGCCUUCCUCUCCUUUUCCUAACUCAUCUGUUCCUAACCAGCUCUAUAUUUGAUGGCACGCAUAUACUUAUUUCUACUUGAUUUUCAACCGGUUCGGGGCUCUCUCUUAACUCUGGCUGCUUUUUCACUUUAUUCCUCACAGCCUGGCAGGAUGAAUCAGAGAACCAUAGAAAUCCACUCAGCAGAGGAAUAUAAGAAAAGAGGGAUCUAAGGGAGGUACUGAGAGAUACUGGCAGUGACUGAAGGAAGAAAAAGAAGGAGCCAGAGCCCUUUCUGCUCAUACUCACUCCACCCGUAUGAGCUGCCCUCCACACUCUCCUCCCUCACUGUGUGCUACACUUGGCUCUCCCCCUGUCUCCCUGGUCACCUCUAUGGUCUCUUCUCACAACAUGCUUGAACCAUGAGGCUUAACAGGGACUACUUGAAAGCCCUGGAGACAUAUUCAGAGAGAAAACAGAAAUUAACUGCUCCAUGGGUAUUCACAUAGCACCUGAAACAAUUACCUAUUGCACUUCCAGGUGAAGCAGAGGAAAGGCAUGCAUUUUCAAAUGCAUGUGUAUUCCAAAUGUCCUUGCCAUCCAUGUCUCCCAUAUCCCUCUAUGGUGUCUCUAUCACCAUACGUGCAGAGGAAAGUCUGAUUUAUGUAUAUGGACACUGAACUCUUGCUGAAAGUAGAUCUGUGUAGGUUCUCAGAUGAAGGAAGGACAAAACAAAGAAGUUGGAAAAUGUAUUUAUAGGAAAAAAAACCCCACACCAAAACCAAACCCCCCAAAAACCCAGCCUAAGAAGUAAGAGAAAAAAAAAUAAAGGACAAAAAUUGUGACCUCUGAGUUCUGGAGAAGGCUCGGCUAUUCAGAGCAUAGAAUGGAAACUCAGGCUAGAUACUAAACAAAUUUAAACAUGUAUCUGAAAGACUGGCUACUUUAAAACUUAGCCCAGAUAUUUCUAUAGUUCUUUCAAGAUUAAAAGAAACAGCUGUAUAAUGGGAUAGAUUAUAAAUUGCAACUAAAAGGAGGGAAUAAAGCUAGCAGCAGUUUUACAGUGUUCUGAUAAUUAGUAAAAGAUCACAAGCUUAUUGUAUUAAGUCUGGUUCAUGCCUAUGCACACAGACUUCAUCUUUGUGAGAUAUCCAGUCAGAUCAAAAGCUUCUUUGUGUACCCAGGAAAUGCAACUGAAGGGAUAGGCAAUGAUCUGGUAGGUAAAGGGACAGGCUAGACUUUUUGCCAAUAGAAAUACAUUUACAUUAAUAUCUUAUCAACAUAACUAGGUCAUUUGAGGGUGAGGUUUUCCAUAUAUUUUUUUACUAACAUAAAGUCUAGGCACACGUCUCUUGGGGCAGUGGAAGAUUAGCUUCCUCAGUGCUACAGGUUGAUGCAGUGUGUGCUCCCAGAUGAUAUGGUGUGGCCACAUUCACUUUAAACCCAGGCUGCAUCUGGACUUGGCAAGGCCCUAGAAGCACUUUAAAAUAGAUGCAGAUCAGCCAUCAAAUGAAUGUUUCUUAUGAUUCUCCAAACCAGUAUCAGAUAUGAAGGUAUGGCUCCGUUGCAAUCAGUAGGCUUUACUGAUGCAUCUUUUCCAGUUUCAUUAUAUCAGCAGAAUCUUCCAGGGCACAUAUGUACGACAGUUUAAGGUGUGCAUGCAGCAAGCAUAGGCAAUGCCUGCCCCAGCGUUAAACUAGCUGUUCCUGUUCAGCAUGUUCAAUUAAUAUGCUCAUACUACACAAAACACAGGAGCACGGGACAGAGAUUUCUGAACUACUGUCAGCUUUCACUGGGACAGCCACGGAGUGUCAUGCAGAACCAUCUAGAGAUGCUAGCUUAGCUCACAAAUCAGUGUGGUUUCUCCAGAACUGUGUUAAACCUGAAUCUAAAUUCUGCCUCUUAGUGCAGCUGUUAAGUUUGUGUGGAGGUGUUUGAGAAUCAACUAGAUGAAUCCCCAAGGAACCUGAUCUAAUUAAGCCUGCUUUGAGCAGGGUGUUUGACUAGAUGACCUCCAGAGGUCCCUUCCAACCUAAAUUAUUCUAUGAGUCAAUGCUGAUGCACCUAUAUUGCAUCCAGUUCCAGUAUUAGUGUCACCUCUAUACUAUGCUCCAUGAAAAAAUGCUAGGACUGCCCUUAGAUUAAAAAAACCACAAAUGUUGCAUGGGUGUAUUGUGGGCUCACUAGCUAAAUGCCUAACCUAAGGGAGCCAGUGCACUUAGCACAGUGGUCCAUGCUGUUCCUAAGAUGGCUACAGCAAAGCUAACUUCAUCAUGUUCAUAUGCUGCAAUCUCACCUCCACGUGUGCAUUGUGUGUGGUCUGAGUAAUUCUCUGGUAGCUAGAGAAAUGAGAAAACUUCAGGUUCUUGGUUUAAGUAAAAAAGCAUGAAUAUUUGAUUCUGGUGUGUGAAGGGAGCAUCUCAUUUGCCAGAGCGAUGAAAGCAGUAUGGUAUUUCCAGAUUUAGAACAUACUAGAUUCUUUUCAUAAUGCUUCAAUAAAUAAGGUGAUUGCAGUGAAAGGACUAUUAAUGAUUGUUUUCUCAAGUGUGGCCCAGGUCUGUGGAUGGAGUGUCAGCAAGGAGCAGUACUCUGACAAGCAAACAAGCUAACAGUGUUUAGAAACUCCCUUAGAGACAUGGGUCCUUUGUUUUGUUUCUCACUCCACAACAUGACAAAGAGGAAGAAUUUAGGUGGAGCUGAUGUGAACUAGGGAAAACAUGCCAUGAUCUUCCUUCAGUUUGCAUCCUGGAAACAUGAAGGACAGCAUCGUAAAGAUGAUGAAGAGCAUGCUCCUUCUCAUUUUGCUGGGAGUAGUAUCUGGAAGAAGAACCCAGUUGCUUAAGGGCUUACCUGCAACAAGCACUGUUGAAGAAAAUGCAGCAGCUGGUGUUUCAGUUUAUACCUUUAAUAUAACUGUUUCUCCAUUGUCUUCUGAAGGUGUUGCAAUACUUCCUACCAUAGUAAAUUCAAAUCCACUUACAGAGGCUUUUGCUAUCGAAUCAAAAGGAGAUCUCGAAUACAGGGUUGUUACUACUGGAAACCCUGUCCUAGAUUAUGAAACUAUGCCAAAGAGCUUUGAUUUACAGAUUUUUGUUGAAGAUACAACUGGGAGAUCUGACCUUAAUAUACUGACUGUCCAAGUAACAGAUAAAAAUGAACGUCCUGUAUUUCGAGGAAAUAUGGCAAUUCAAACUGUAACGAUCUAUGUCUUGGAAGGAACACCUCCGGAAUGCAUUUACCAAGUUGAUGCAGCUGAUCCUGAAAAUGCUGAACUCAAAUAUUCACUGCUCCCUGCACCAGUGCCAUUCUUGGUCUUGGAAAACGGAGCCAUUUUUACCACAAAAGAAUUUGAUUAUGAGAAAGAUCCACACUGCUACUUUUUAAAUAUAACAGUGACAGAUCCAGAUGGACUCAACUCGACAAAAACAGUGAAUAUAAAUAUAAUUAACAUCAACGAUGAAAGACCUUACUUUACCACAAAACAAAGAAUCUACAGGAUUCCAGAGGAGCAAAGCCCAGGCACUGUUGUUGCCAAUAUAACAGCUAAAGAUCCUGAUGAUGAAGACUCUCCCAGCAGACUUUUCUACAGUAUCCAGUCUUCUGACAGAUAUUUCUCCAUAAAUCCAUCGACUGGAGUGCUGCAGGUGACUGGGAAAAUCAAUCGAGAUGCCCUUCCACUGCGGCUCCAUCCUAACAUCUCAUUGAUAGUCCGGGUGGAGGACAGUCCCAGCAGUAGUCACGCCAGCGAAAUGGAGAUCACAAUCAUUGUUGAUGAUAUCAAUGACAACCCACCAGAAUGCAAUCCUUCUACCUUCAGGAUAGAGGCAAAUGAAAAUACGAUUGCUGGGACGUUUCUUCUUGAUCUUAGAAAUUACUGUAAAGAUAUUGAUGUUGAUCCACCAAACAAUCAAUUUAAUUUCACUGGAUUAUCUGGUUUUAGAAGCAAUAACUUCGCUCUGGAGUCCACUGUGUCUGGAAGACUUGUGAUGACUGAAAGUAUUGAUUUAGAAAACCCAGCUAAUCUAGGAGCUGAAGUUUAUUCUUUGACUGUCAGGGUGCAAGAUAUUGCCUGUCCUAACUACUCAAAUAUCAUCUACAUUUACAUCAGGAUAAAGCCAGUGAAUGAAUUUUUUCCAGUCUUCAGUAAUUCAUCAUAUGAAUUUAAUGUUCCAGAAAUUACUAAAGUGGGAUCCAGCAUUGGAAGAGUGAAUGCCAGAGACAAGGACUGGUCACCCAGUGUCAUCACUUACUCCAUUGUAGCUGGAGGAGGCACCAAGGAUUACACAAAUAUCUUCUGGAUCAGCCCAACCAAAGGAGAUGUGAAGAUUUUAGCUAGAUUAGACUAUGAAACAACUCAGAAACACAUUCUCACAGUACAGGCCUCAGACCAAGAGAAGACUGCAACAGCAUCUGUAACUGUCAAUGUUUUGGAAGUAAAUGAUGAAGAACCAGUUUGUUCACCCAAUUUCUAUUCAUUUCAAAUCCCAGUCAGCUUAGCUGUUGGGACCAAUAUUAAUGGCUUCAGGAUUGAAUGUCAAGAUCGUGAUUCUGAUCCCAGGUCUUUCCGUUACAUCAUUAAUGAAGGCAACGUGAACAAUCAUUUCACCUUUUCACCAAGUGCCGGCUCCAACACAUCUCGCCUGAUUCUUGCAUCAAGGUUUGACUAUGACAGCGGACUUGAUACAAACUGGAUUUACAGACUGCAUGUCUAUAUAACAGACGACAAUUUACUCUCUGCCAGGGACAAAACUACAGACCUAAUUAAAACUGGAACGGUGACUUUAAGCAUCAGAGUUAUCCCAAACCCAACUACUGUCAUUACCACAACACCUGGCUUCACUGUUGUGACAAAAAUGGAAAACCUCUACUCUGAAUCGGCGUGGUACGUGCCGUUUGUCAUCACCCUCGGCAGUUUGCUGCUCCUCGGGCUGCUGGGGUACCUGGGGUUCCUGCUGGCGACGUGGGUCCGCACCUGCUGCCCUCCGGCAGGCAAAGCAGGCGACGUGCUUCUGAUAAAUGCUGCAGAAAAGAAGAAACCUAAGAAAGAUGUGAUUGUGACAAUGACAAAGCUAAACACUGUCUUUGAUGGAGAAGCCAGAGACCCAGGUUUGCUGUUUCCAAGGAGAAUGGGAGCUAUAUUUCACAGAUAGUGAAAAUCAAGACAGUGCCCUAGUAACAUUUCUAGUGGUAGAAUGUACUUAUGGCCCUUGAAAUCACACAUCUGAUGGCCAGAUUUUUCACUACUCCUCUGCUAAAACUGAAUGUAUGGAUCUGGUAUAGGAAGGUGGGAGGGGAGGAGGAAUUUGCUGCAAGCCUCCUGCUCUGGUGCUGUCAUGGCUACAUGGUUUCACCCUUCCCAUGUCUGGGAAAUGGCCAGCAGAUUAAUGUAGCUGCAGAUGUACUGACUUCGUCUCUUAAAUCUCUCCUUGGAUGCAGAGUGGGUGGGUGAGUUACUCACUCCCGCACAAAUCUCCUCCUUGCAGCAACAGUGCACUGCUGCUCUUUAUCUAAGGCUCGAGCACCGCUUGUUGGGGAGGAAAGGGAAGACCAUUUGCUUUUAGAUGCAGUUGUGGUGGCAUCAGCUACUGAGUGUGUCACUGGGCUCCAGCUAUGCUAACUCUGAGCAUAUCUGAUUAACCAGCUGGGAAAAGUGAAAUUAAGGCAGAAGCUAGGAAAACCAGGAUGACCCAGCACGUGUAGUGCUUAUCCCUUUCCCCAAGUGACAGCCACUGUGCUCUGCAGCAGGGUUCAUUACAGAAAAAUAUUUUUUUCCUAAGGGUUGAUCCAUCUCACCCCAUCCCCCUGAACCACAGCCCAUGCCUGAGUCCUGCACUGCGAUGCUUGCCCUGGCAUUAGGGUCCCCAGCCCUGUGUCUAAUGGCUGAGGGCCCUAGCAUGGGGCGGGGGGGGCAGGGGGUGCACUGCUAAAAUGUGACAGUCAGUCAAAAUAGGUCUUUAACAAAUAGAUCCGAAAAUAGGUCUGAAAAAAUAGGUCUAAAAAUUAUCCAGAAGAAGGCAGGCUUGUUUCAAGGCUUGGAUUCAUCUGCCCAAAUUUCCACCCAAGUGCCUGUACCUUGUGUUUCAUAUUAGCUGGCUCAGAGCUGUCGGAUGCUGUGAGCUAAUGGGAAACACUAGGCAUUGGGGCUUCAGUAGAAUUUGGGCAAACAAAUGGGACCCUACUGUGCAAUUAAGCCCAUCCACAAGGCUGCUCAAGGCCAGUUUGGUCAAGGUCCAAGCCCACCUGCUAUUUAUAAAGAGAUCCGGAGGGAUGGGCUCCAAAGUCCCUGCUUUUUCGCUGUGUAACUGCAUUUAUAAUAUAUUAAACAUGGAUGUUCUCGGCUGCUGCAAGAGCUGCUUCCCGGUGUUUUUGCAGGCCAGCUGGUGGCUCCCUUCCUCAGCAAACCUGACCACACCAGACAAGGAUAUCUGAGCCCAUCCAAACUGCCCUCCAGAGCCGUAGCGUUUGUGUCAUGCCCGACACAAACAUUAAGCUAUAACACAGCUUUGUGGUGUCAGCAGAGAAAUGUGUGUUCCCCACUCCUCCCCUCUCCCUUCCAUGGCUCAUCCCAAACUCCAGAGCAUCAAGUGUUGGUGGUUUGGUAAUGAGGUUUAAUAAUUCCCAAGACAUCAUCUGUGGAAUAUGAUUAGGAGGGAUGGUCAGGAGCUGCUUCCUGAUCUGGGCUGCUUUAACAUGCCCGCCUUGUAUGCAGUCAGGAAAAAUAACACGUAAAAAGAUCCAGUUUCAUCCUUAAUUGCUCAGAGUGUGUUAAUGUGUCAGAAACCAUUAAUUCUGAUACAAACUGUAACAUGUAGUAACACGUAACCAUUUCUUUCCAGGCCUUAAUGGUCUUUUGUUUGUCUCAUAUUAAUAAUGUUUAAUUACAAGAAGUGCCACUAUAGCUCCUGAUUCUGUGUUGGUUUAGCAAGAGACAGUGAUUUAGACUGUGAGGCAAUCAUCACACUAGAUGCAUGGCAAUUUUUCCACCUAUCUCUAGGUAGUAAAAGAACUGAAGGAGAAGAUACUUGCUUUUAAUGUUCAAGUAGAAGUUACCCAUAAAAUCUGAGGAGGGCCAAAAAUUUUUCUAACAAGGAAAGGUAGCCAUGUGUGCUAAACAACCCAAAUUUAACAGUAUUUUAUAUAUAUGAAGGAAGCAUGUACUUGCACAGACAGAAAAUACAUAGUAUUUCACUCUAUUAAUGACAAUGUACACAGCAAGCCUGGGGGAAAGCAUUUUGUGCAAAUGGAGAAGAAAUGCAUAUGGCCAAAACUCACUGGGGAUCCCAGAUGUCCAAAUCCUGGGUGAACCUAGAAAACCUGACAUGGUCUGGAAGAUGUAUGUAGGAUAUUGUGCUCCUAGCAGGUUUUGCUACCUCCGGUAGGCAACUCUACUUGAAAAAAUAGACACAGACAUAUACCAUGGCCUUGGUUAUCAUAGCCAAAGGCAAAAUUUUUGGGAGAAUUAGUCCUAACAGCUAAGGACUAUGAAUGUGUUUGUUACGCUGCCCAUGUUAACUCAUGGUAGCUGUAGCUUGGAUAGAGGUAUAGGAUGAUAACAAGGUCGGGGUUUUUGGAAUAGGAAUGUUUCGAAUAUUUCUAUUCCCCGAACUGCAGAGCCAGUUUUUAUACUGAUAGAAUAGCAUCUCCCCUGAGUGGCCACCACGAUGCCCAGGUCCCCACACUCGCUUGCGGAAAUGAGGCUUUCCCUCUCAGGGCUACCUCCCCAACUCAGCUGAUUUUCCAGGUGCUUCAUAUUUCUCAUUUCAACCCCAUCCUGGGGAGACUGUCGUGUCUUAACCUGCUAAAGCAGGAAUGAUUUUAAUUGAUUGUC